GGGGCCGGCCGCCGCGAGACCCGGAUGCGGAAGCGCUGCGAGGCAGUGCGGUUUCCGGUGUGGGCCGAGCGGCGGCGGUGGGGAAGCUGCGGCGGUGGCGCCGCGCCUGGAGCCGGGCCGCAGCCCGCUAUGCGAGGGACGCUGAGGCCCGCAGCACAACGCUAGAUUUGUAAUGAAAUGGAGUCUGGAUCAAGCUCUUUUCGAGUGGAAUUUCCAGAUUUUUCUAGCACCAUUUUGCAGAAGUUAAACCAGCAGCGCCAGCAAGGACAAUUAUGUGAUGUGUCCAUUGUAGUUCAGGGCCAUCUCUUCAGAGCCCAUAAAGCUGUUCUUGCAGCUAGUUCACCUUACUUCUGUGAUCAGGUGCUCCUGAAAAACAGCAGGCGAAUAGUCUUGCCUGAUGUGAUGAAUCCAAGAGUAUUUGAAAACAUUCUUCUGUCUACCUAUACGGGUCGUUUGGUUAUGCCUGCUCCAGAAAUUGUGAGUUAUUUGACAGCAGCAAGUUUUCUUCAGAUGUGGCAUGUAGUAGAUAAAUGCACUGAAGUGCUAGAGGGGAACCCAACAGUUCUCUGUCAGAAGAUGAACCAUGGCAGUGAUCAUCAGUCCCCAAGUAGUAGUAGUUACAAUGGCCUUGUUGAAACCUUCGAACUUGGCUCUGGAGGACAAACAGAAUUCCACAAAGUGCAGGAGCUGAGGGAUGGUGAAAAUGAAGAAGAAAGCUCUAAAGAUGAACUGUCAUGUCAACUAACAGAACAUGAGUACCUUCCCAGUAAUUCUUCAACAGAACACGAUAGACUCAGCACAGGAAUGACAAGUCAGGAUGGUGAAGAAGGGACUAGUGAUAGUGCAGAGUAUCAGUAUACAAGGCCUAUAUACAGCAAACCCAGCAUCAUGUCUCACAAGCGGUGGAUCCAUGUGAAGCCAGAAAGAUUUGAACAGGACUGUGAAGGUGUUGAUAAUCCUUAUGAUGAACACCAAGUUUCUGAAUCCAUGAAUGCCAUUCAAGCAGAUCAUUCAAUCCAGUCUUCAGGUGUUGAAGACUUUCAUAUAGGUGACAAAAAGAUGGAAGCAGAAUUUGAUGAACAGGCAGAUGAAAGUAAUUAUGAUGAGCAAGUUGACUUCUAUGGCUCUUCUAUGGAGGAAUUUUCUGGUGAAAGAGCGGAUGGAAAUUUAAGUGCUCACAGACAGGACCUUAUGAUAGCAGCAGGUUAUGGUGAAGGUAUUGAAAUGGCUACAGGAAUUAAAGAAGAAACGUCCCUCACUGGAUUCUCACAUGCUGAUAAGCUGUAUCCUUGUCAGUGUGGUAAAAGCUUUACGCACAAGAGUCAGCGAGAUCGGCAUAUGAGUAUGCACCUUGGUCUUCGACCUUAUGGCUGUGGUGUCUGCGGUAAGAAAUUCAAAAUGAAACACCAUCUUGUUGGCCAUAUGAAAAUUCAUACAGGCAUAAAACCAUAUGAGUGUAACAUCUGUGGGAAAAGAUUUAUGUGGCGGGACAGUUUUCACCGGCAUGUAACUUCUUGUACCAAAUCGUACCAAGCUUCUAAAGCUGAGCAGAGUACUACUGAGAUGAACUAAAACAUUAGUGCUUAUAUUUGUUUAGUAGAGUAAGCAAAAUAAACUAAUUAUGCAAAUAGUGUCUGGUACUUGCUAUUGUGAAAUUUAAAUUCUCAAAAAAAAAAAAGUUCUAAUGAUUAUGCUGGUAUGAGCAGACCAAACUAUUUUUUAUUUUCCACAGUAUUACUGCAGGUGUGUUAGAUGUGUGAAGUGCAAAUGAUUAAUCUGAAAGAUGCUUGCCAAAUGAGGUCUGUAAGGUCUUAGUGAUAUUGCUGAUUGCCCUUGCAGCAGUAUUCAGAAGUCCCAUUGUUUUUCUAAGUCUUGUAAAUUCACAAUAAAACCCAAUUCUAAAUUGACACAAAGUCUGCCAAUAUUUGCAUAAAGCAGGUAUUCGGGUAGCCUUAACGGGAAAGAGAACAACAAGGAUGACCACACUGGGUUAUGUGGGCUACCUGUUAAUAAAGCUUGUGUGAUUCCUGUUUUAAUGGAGAAAAAAUAUAUAUAUAAUUCCACCUCAAUCUGGAGACUGCCAACAUGCUUAACAUGCUUUAUUAAAUAGCCUUGAUUGUAUUGCUUAAUGAAAGGCUGUAUUAAGGCUGGUUUGGGUUUUCUUUAUCUGUCUUCUGUUUUUUAUCCAUCUUAAGUAAAACAUCUAGUUGUCUAAUUUUGUGUUUAUUUCUAUUUAAAGAGUCUGUAAAGCACUUAAUUAUAGUUGAGCACUAUAUAAACUUAAAACUAUUUUAAAUAUAAUCUGUCUUUGCUCCUCUAGGGCCUAAUGCUACAGCAUUGACUGUUGGUUUGACUCUCAGUUUUGAUUGCUAUAUCAUGAGAGCUUUUAGAAAUGUGUAUAAUAAGUAUGUAUUGUCAAAAAAACUUUAAAGGGAGAUUUAAUAAUUGAUUCUUAUCCAAAACACUCAAACCUUUUAACUGUAGUCUUAUGUUCAGUUUUUUAUGACUUACUACAGUAGCAAGUACCAAACUCUGUAUAUUUACAAAUUGACUUUUUUGGUACUAAGACUUCUUUGAGAACUUCUAUGUAGUUUUAGAAACCACUUUAGGGAAACGAAUUAGUCAUUGAUAGGUAUUUAUACAUUUAAUUCUUUACUGUUGGAACAUUAUGAGCUAUAAUACAGAUUCUUGGUACUGAACUACUGUGACUGGUUACAUGUGAUCACAAGCAGCCAGAGUUGUUUGCCUCUUUGAAUGAAACUGCUUAUUGGAAAAAAAGUGUGAAGUAUAAUAUUUGGAUCCAUUAAUGGUACUGCAGAAUGUGGUCACGUCUCAAGUCUGGAUUUUUGCUGGGAAAGUGGCACUUGUGCUCUAUUGGGUUGAGGAUCUAUGUGCUGGUCUCUCAUUACUGGAGAGAGAUGGAGGUGUGUUUGUAAUUUUGAGAGAUUCUGCCAGCUCUGCAGGUAGAGUGAAGGCAUCAGUUGUAAAGGAGGCAGUGGCACUUAGGGGUUGAAAGCUUAGUGCUCUCCUAUGCAAAAGCAGUUAACCCUUCUUUGUAGUUUACUGAAACCUAGGGUAAAAAGGAAAGAGCCUUUAGAGCAUACAUUGGCUAUAAUUAAAGGGGUGAUGUCCAAGUAAUGUGCUGGUAACAUGGUUAAAAAAACAGUUAACCAGCAUCAAAGGCCUUCUAAGCCUGUCUGGCCCCAAUGUACAUAUUAGAUACUGCAAUCUGCAGAGUAACAUACUUAAAAAAAACAAAACCAAAACAAAACAAAAAAACAGAUGACCCUGUAUGUUGAAGCAAAACCACACAAAGAUAUUACUCAUUUAGAUGCUUUUUUGAACUCCCAUUUGAAAAUUGUUGUAAGAUACAACCAUGCUGUAUCCUGAACGUGAAUGUCUGGUGCAAGCUGGGGUUUAUCACUCAGUGAGCUGUAAUUACUGUAACAUUUUUUUCUGGCAUUUUACUUAUAAACUUUAAUUUUUUUUAGAGGCUCUUCACUCUUAAUCUUUUGAAGCUUCAGAUAUUUUUCAUAUGGAACUUUGUUAAAAUGGAUAUUCCCAAAUAUGAUGAAACCAUUGCUGGCAAUGGGCAUGAAUGGUCUGCACCAAGGAGUUCCUAUUCUUAGCACUUGAUUGAACUCUACGAUACACCAUGGUGACCAUGUAUAACCCUUGUAAUCAAGGUAACUAAACAGGGAUUUGCUCACUAACACUGUAACCUGCUUAAUGUAUAGAAGCACUUUGUAUUUAAAAAAAAAUCUUUAUACGUAUGUUUUUUAAACUUAGAAAUGAUAUUCCCUUUAUGGUUUGUUUCCACACUGCUAACACUGUCUUAAUAUUAAAACUUACAAUGCUUGCCUGUUUACAGGAGUGCAGAGGAAAGGGUUCUGCACUCACUGGCCCUAUCUUUCCGUUCUCCAAGGCCUUACCACAUACAGGGUGUCAUUUCUGCAAGUAUCAUCAUUACAUUUGAGGAAGAUAUUCUCAUAUUCAUUUCAAGAAUGAUCUCGUAUAUUACAUUAUUUCUCAACCCCUUUCAAACUGUGACACCAGUGUUACAUAAAAAAGGUUAAGGGUGCCUCUUCCCGUUUAACCAUAAAAAAGGCUGGUCAGAAAUCCCAGGCUGAGAACCAUGGUCAGGUAAAAAGUUAUUUCCAUUAAAACCAGACCGUCCUACAGAGCUGCCAGCAAAACCAUUUCUUUUACCAGUUUGGAAUGACUUUUACAUGGGACAUUUAAAAGUUAAACAUUACCCCUAUUUGCAGUUAGAUUACUCUGAAAUAAAGCUUUAAAAUUAAAUGUACUGAGAGAGACACUUUAAAGGUUUUAUACAAGUGCAGUAGAUCAUAUUAUAGAACCAUAUCCUUUUUAGUGAUUUAUCAUGAAUAGUAACUUUUCCAUAUUGGCCUAUUACUGUUUUACCUAGUAUUAUGACAUUGUCUUGAAACUCCAGCAGCAUUCCUCCACUGAUUUCUUUGUAACACUUGGCUUUCUGAUGUUAAUCCAUAUGAAACCAAUUGAUUACAGGAAAAUACUGAUAUGAUUGUCGUGAUCUAAUUGAGAGUAUGAUGAUUUAAGGGAAGUUUGAGAUAUUUUUUCUAAAAUCCUUACUUUUUCAUGACCUGUUAUCACAGGCAAAACAGUCUCGACUUGGGGUAUUUUUACUGAAUUUAAUUUAUUGCUAGUUAACAAACUUCUAAUCACUGAUUCAGGUAUUGAGAAAAUGAAAACAAAGUACAAAUAAACAAUUGAGGGAACACCUUUUCUCCUCCUUCCCCAAGGCUCAGCUUAAGUCAAAUACCUUUAUUCCCCCUUUCCUAGCCUUGAUCUUCCUUGUGUUCACCAGGGGCUAUGCUCAGUCCCUCACAAUUCCUUGGUGAGGUGACAGGUGGCACAGGAGGUUGGCAUCAUGUGUCUGUUGGUCUCUUCUGCUGCUCUGGGCUUCUUAGCAGGUCUCCUCUGCUGCUCUGGGCUUCAGUGUCACUGCCCCUGUGUGGCUUCUCCAUGGUCUGCAGUCGUCUUCAGGGAUGUACCUGCUCUGGCAUGGGUCUCCUACAUACAGGAUUCAGUCACUUCAGAAGUGCAUGGCUUAUGCAGGGGUCACAGUCCCCUCAGAGGUGUACCUCCUCCGGCAUGCAGUGCCUCCUUCCAAGAGCACAUCUCCAUUCAUGUGCUCAACAAUGUUUCCUCCCUGUGUCUUCCCAAGAGCAUCUCUUCCAUUUCUCCUCCUGUCUCCAAACAUGUUUCCCCAAGAGCAUCUCCUCCUUAUGUGUCUCCCUACAUCUCCCACUAGCAGCUGCUGCUCCUUACAUAUGUUGAAGCAGAGGUGCCAUGUGCUCUGCUGGUUGAAGUUUUGGCAUGCAGCGGGUUGUUUAUAUUGGUUUCAGAGCUGACUGGAACCUAUUUUGACUGGCAUAGGGCAGUUUAUGACCUUCUCCCACACAGGUCACCCUUGCAGCCCCUUGCUACUGAAACCCUGCAAUUUAUGCCCAGCGGUGCUGUACAUGGUAAACUAAGAACAGGAGAUGCAGAUUCUGUCAAGCUCUUAAGCAUCACUGAUGAGGUGGACUUGUUCAAGAUAUAAGAAAUUAUUUCUUGUUUGUGGGGAGGAGGGAAGUGAUCCAUAUAUAUAUAUAAUAUGAAUCCAUGUGUAUAUGGGUGAAUUUCAUUCAUCUCCCCUUAAGUUUCAUCACCUGUAAUGAUACUGCUUUGAAACUUGUAUGCAUUUUUAUAACUAACAUCCCUUGCCUCUGCUGUUGGUGAAUGUUUUCUAAGAGCCAGAAUCACUGUACACACCAGAGGCUUUCAGAACUUCCUGUUACUAUGAAGCCACUCAUUGGCCUAUCAGUGGUAAAACACUUAAUGAUACUGCAGCUAAGUUUAUUUUCAUUCCAUUCUGUAAUUAAGCUGUUCAUUACUGUGGAAUCUGAUUAAUUGCAAUUCUGAGAAAUUUUAACUCUUAGCAGGGUUAAGAUCUCUGUUUAGGGGUUUAUCUGAUCCUUUUGAGGAAGGAGGUUCCUAUUUCAUACACUACUGUUUUGUUUUGUUUUUUUAACAUAGCAGUUGCAUGCUGCAGCUGUCCUUCAUUUAUAGAUGAGCAGGUAGAGUCUAGAAGGUACUGGUAAAAUUUUUGGUCUUAGCCCUUUUUGUCCAAGGUACUUCUGGCAUUAAGAAAUUUUGUCCUAUAUUAGAAGCAAGGGGUGAGGGGUGAUCAAAGUCUGAUAUAUUGGGUAUCUUUGUUGUAAAAUCAAUACUUGACAUCCCUGUACUGUUGAGCCUGAAAGAAUGGAGACACUUCAUAUAUUGUAAUCUCAACAUUUUUGUGCUGGUGUCAGUAAGGUGACCUGUCUCUGAAUCAUGAGAGCGUAAAGCAGUAUAUUGAGUUUGUUGCUUUGAUUUAACAGAAGCUUUCUCAAAACAACAAAGGGAAAGUUGCUAUUUUUGUCAGUUAAAUGUUUAAUUGCUUACCUAGAGUUCUUUAGCUAUAAGCUGUAAACUGUCAGUGCCCUACGGGAAGAUGCUGGAAAAGAAAAUGGUAUGCUUUUUAAUGUGAUUAAAUUGUAAGUUCUGAUUUUGCUUGAA